UACUCACACAUGGACCACCCUUUCAAACACAUCAUUGAAUGUUGGAGCCUGCUGUUGAGACGAUUGAUUGGGGUGAAGAAUUGUGAGCAAAUACGCUCUCUCAGUUCGCUAUUCACUACAGCUUCUGCUUCCUCUCAGCAAUUUCAGUGUUCAAUCUCAGUCACAACGGUUUCUGUUGAUCUUCUUCUUCUUUAGACUCUUGCCUCGCUUCUUCAACACUCUCUCAGAUCUACCUUGUCUGCGUUUGGAUCCUUCCUUUUGUGUUUUUCUUCACUUAUUAACAAUUCUUGCUGCUGCUGCUGCUGUUUUUAUUUUGCUGAUCUUCAGUCACUGUAUAUUUCGUUGUUGUCCUUCAUACAUAUUCUUGUUCUUCAACACUUCGUGUGCCCUGCUUCUUUGUUUUUGCUUUGUUCCUGUCUCUUUAAUCUCCAGAGUCCCAUUAAUCGUUGUUGUUGUUGUUUUAAGAAAAAAACUUAAAAAAAAAAGGACAAUCUGUGUGGUCUGUUUGUAUCUCUACUUUGAUUUCUAUCUAGUUCCUAUAAUUCUUCUCCUUCUUCAUUGAAAAAGGAAAAAAAAAAAUGAAUUUUCUCGCAAGGAUACCUAUCCAGUGAUUAGAGUUUUGAGCUAUCUCUCCAUUAAUCACUGUCGUCCUGUUAUUGUUCUUCUUUAUUCUAAAAGAAAAGAAAAGAAAAGAAAAUACAAAUUGUGUGGUCUACUUUUGAGUCCCAAUAUGUGUUGAUAUUUCUCUUCAGUUACUUUCAGUUUCCGUUGUUCAUCUUUUGGUUCUUGUUCCUCCUAAAGAAAAAAAUCCCUGUCAAAUGUCUUCAUUUUUACCGUUCAAAGUUAAAAAAAAAAAAAAUACAGAGAACCCAGUAAAGGACCCCAAAAAAAGGAGAAGGAGAAAGGAGGCAUUCCCGGAAGAAGCAUAGUGGAAAAGCAUUGAAACUUGAGGACCAGACCGGAUUAUGGGUUACUUAAGCCAGUCCUUUUCAUGAAAAGGAUCAGACUCCGGGUUAGGUUAAAGUCCAGUCCCAUCCAGUCUUUUGUGCAGUCAUAGCAAGGGAAAAUCAAGAAGCAAGAAAGAGAGCCCUCCGAUCAAAGACAUUGAAAUAUUUGGACAAGAGAUGGCGGAAAUCGGUGCCAGCGCUAUUGCAACAAAGUGUACAGAUAUAUUGGUAGAUAAAGUAAUGAAGGAACUUCCAUACUUGUGUUGUUACGAGAGUUAUGCUGAUGACUUUGAACAGAAAAAAAGACAAUUGUCAGCCGCAGUGAAGAGGAUGGACAUAAAGAUAAAAGAAGCCAAAACAAGAAACGAGACUCAAAUUGACCCUGUAGUUAAGCAUUGGGUUCAAAGAGCUGAAAAACUUAGUCAACAAGAACCAAGCCCAAAAAAAUGGUUUGGUUGCUUUUCCCAAUGUUCAUUGGCCAAGGAAUUAGAGCGCAUGACGCGAGAGAUUCCAAUAAUAAUGGAGAAAGUCGAGAACUUCUCUCAAGUUGCUUAUUCAGCCGAACGUCCGGGCAUGGAAUUCUACUCACAAGAGUUUAUGCAUUUUAAAAGUAGAGACUCGAUAUUUGAACAACUUAGGGAGGAAUUGAAAGAUGGCAAUAAAUGUAGGAUUGGAUUGCAAGCAAUGGGAGGAUCAGGGAAAACCACAAUGGCAAAAGCAGUUGGUAAGGAAGUUGAGAAUUCAAAGGCAUUUGAUAAAGUCAUCUUUAUUGAAGUGCCCAACCCUGUUGAUGAAAAAAAGAUUCGAGAUGAGAUUGCGAAGAAGUUGGAUAUGCAGUUAGAGGAUGAGAAGAAAUUCACACAUGCAGAACAAAUAUGGAUUAGAAUUGCCAACGCUGGAAAUUUACUCAUAAUUCUUGAUGAUGUCUGGAAAGAGCUCAAUCUUGAGAAUAUAGGGAUUCACCAUGGCAUCCAUACCCAGGGCCGUUGUUGUAUUUUGCUAACCACACGUUAUGAUAAUAUUUGUAGGAGCAUGAAAUGCCAAAAGACCAUUAAACUAGGGGUCUUACCUGAGGAAGAUGCAGUGGAUCUUUUCCUAUCUCAUGCCAGUGAGAGUGGAAAUGAUUGUCGUGAUAGAUUGAAGGUGGCAGCAUCAAAAAUUGUGAACAAAUGUGGAAUGUUACCCAUUAUAGUUGUGGCAGUAGCAAAAACCUUGAGAAACCAGGAUCCAAGAGAAUGGGAGGAAGCUUUUGCAGCAACAGAAAAGGAUGCAUCCUUAAGGCAUGGGAAUGCUGAUGAAGAAGCAAAGAAGUUUUAUAAUUCUUUGAGAUUGAGUUUCAAGCAUCUAGCUGCAGGAGCCCAAGAUCUCUUCCAGAUAUGUUCUAUAUUCCCAAGAGCUUAUGAAAUACCUAUAGAGCUUCUAAGCAAAAUUGCUAUAGGUUCGGGACUUUGUGGAAAUGAUGACAGCUACUAUAUAGCAAGAAGUCAAGUGCUUUCAAUAAAAACCACACUCGUCGGUUCUGCUUUAUUGUUGACUGCUCGAGAAGGAUGUGUAAAAAUGCAUGACGUGAUUCGUGAUGUAGCCCAACAGAUAGCACAUGAAAAGGUUCAAGAAAUCAUGGAUCCGGAGACAAAAUUGAGGGAGAAUGUCAAAUAUUCAUCUUGGAUCAUAAAGGACUUUUCCAACUAUUUAAAGGGUAGCAAUCUUGAGGUUCUUCUAGUAUGGGUAAAUGCAAAUGGUUCUUUGGAAGUCCGAGAUGCAUUCUUUGAUGGCAUAAAGGGACUUAGAGUUUUGCUUUUGUAUUCAAAGAUUAAGUAUGGGAGAACUUUGGCCUCGUCACUGCCAAAAUCCAUUCAAUCUCUAGAAAAUAUUCAGACACUAUGCCUAACAAAUUGGAAGUUAGGUGAUAUAUCUAUUUUGCAAAACCUAAAAAAACUCCAGGCUCUUGAAUUGACUAAUUGUUCAAUUAUUGAAUUGCCAACUGAUGUCAGCCAACUAGAGAAAUUGAGAUUGCUAGGCUUGGUACGUUGUUUAGUGGAAAGGAAUAAUCCAUUUGAAGUGAUUGAAAGAUGCUCGAAGUUAGAAGUAUUGUAUUAUCUUUCAAAUGAUGUCAAUCUUAACAUUAAUGCAAAGCCUUCUAAAAUUACAGUUCUUCAAGAAUUUGGAAUAUAUCAUAUAGAAGGCCGCUCCUCUUGGUGUUCUUUUCAAUUGGAUGGUUCAAUAAAAAGAUAUUUCAAUCCAACCAAGUUAAAAGGGAUAUUGUCUGAAAGCACAAUAAAAUCCUUGGCAGCAAGAGCAGAGAUUCUUGAGUUAACAGAAUGUGAUGAAACAAGAUGGACAAAUCUCAUUCCGGAUAUGGUUCAAAUAAAAGAAGGAGGCAUGAAUGACUUAAUUAGGCUUUGUUUGAGAUCUUGGCCUGCAAUACAAUGCCUAAUCUAUACAAAUGGCAUUCGAUCUAAUGCAAUUAUCUUCUCCAAUUUAGUUGAGCUACGACUUAAAGAGAUGCAUAUGAGGGAAUUAUGUCAUGGUGAUUAUCCUAAUAGCUUUCUCAAGCAACUCGAGAAGCUAGACUUAAGUCGUUGUGUUGAACUAGAAGGUACAUUAUUUAAGAGCAAGCUAGAGCUUGGUAAUCUCAAGUCUAUAGAAAUAGAUGAUUGUUCAAUGACAUGUCUUUUCCAUCCAUCCACAGCUCAGAGUCUAAAGCAAUUAAAAAAUGUGUACAUAAGCGGAUGUUCUAAGCUAGAAUGCCUAAUAAGUGAUGAGAGAUCAGCAGAGCUGCAGAAGGAGGAUGAUCAUCAAGAUCCUAAUCAAGAGAAUCAAGACCCAAUGCUCCCGAAAUUGAAGUUUCUCAAGAUUCAAAAUUGUCAAGGACUAGAAGUCAUAUUGCCAAUUUGUUCUCAUAAAGACCUUCCAUUACUAGAAAGCAUGAAAAUCCACGGGUGUAAUGAGCUAAAAUACAUAUUUGGGCAAUGUCUAGAGGAGGGAGGACUGAAUCAAGUGGAAAAAGAAAUCAUGCUCCCAUUACUAAAAGAAAUAGAAAUUGCAAAUGUACCGAAAUUCAUCAACAUAUAUCAAGACUAUGAUCCCCUUCAGCCUUCCCAAGUGAAAAAAUCAUGGGGCCCUAUAUGCUGUUUUUGGUCAAAAUCAAGUGCCUCAAGUGUAGAUGCCAAGGCCACUCAGCUGGACCACACGCAGGUGUUAAAGGAGAAACAUGUCGUGAAUAGAGCUCAUGGGCUUUUUACACCACCAUUAUACCCGUACAAAUUUUUGAAAAUCAUAAAGAUAGAGGGAUUUUCUGAGUUAAAGGCACUCUUUAUAUUAUCAGCUGCCUCAUCAUUGAAAUUGCUGGAAAAAUUGCAAGUAAUAAGGUGUGGUGCGCUUGAGCAGAUAGUAAUAGACGAGAGGCAUGGUCAUGAUCGCACGAAUGACAGCUCUAUCUUUCCCAACUUACAGCGGAUUGAAGUCACCAAAGCUGAAGAGUUGAAAUAUGUGUUUGGAAAAUGUCAUUUUGGUCAGCAGCAUAAUGUUCAUAUGGACCUUAAUCUCCUAGCUCUGAAAGAACUGUACCUUGAUGAUGUCCCAAACAUGGUUAGUAUUUGCUCCGAAAACUAUUACGUGGAAGCAUUAUCUCUACAAGAUAUUAGAUUGGAAAAAUGUCCACAACUUCCCUUAAAAACUGUUAUAGAUCUAUCAGUUGAUGUGCGAAAAGGACAAGAUCUGUUGAGGAGAAAGGCACCAAAGUCGAAGUCUAUUCCCAGUACAACUCAUGAAUAUUUUACACCAAUUUCAUAUCAAUGCAAUUUAAGAGAGAUUGAGAUAAUGGGCUUUCCUAACUUAACAUCACUCUUUACCCUAUCUAUUGCCUCGUCACUGAAAUUGUUGGAAGAAUUGGAAGUCACAGAGUGUGAUGCAUUGGAGCACAUAGUAACAUUCCAGGGGCAUGGUCAUGAUCAUUUAAAUGUGGGCUCCAUCUUUCCCAAAUUACGAUGUGUUGAUGUUCGUAGUUGUAACCAUUUGGAAUAUAUAUUUCCAGCAUUUUAUUCAAAAGACUUUAAGGAUUUGGAAUCUGUGGACAUUAGGAAGGCUCAAAGGUUGAAAUAUGUGUUUGGAAAAUGCCAUGUUGAUCAAAAUCAUAGCGAUAAGAUUGAACUAAAUCUCCCUGCUCUAAAAGAUCUAUGCCUAAGAGAUGUACCCAAUAUGCUUCAUAUUUGCACUGAAAACUAUCAUGUGAAGGCAUUAUAUGUAGAAGAUAUCAGUUUGGGAGAAUGUCCGCAACUUCUCAUACAAACUUUUAAAGAUUUCUUGGAAGGCGGACAUAAAAGACAAGAUUUCUCGAGGAAAAAGGCAUUAUCUCUCAAGCAGAAAAGUAAGCCUCUUCCCGACUUGCAAGAGGUGCCUGAUUUUAGGGAUAUAAGUGAGGGGUCUAAAAAUUAUCAGAGCUUUCGAAAUCUCUCCACGCUAAAACUCAAAGGAUGCAGACAAUUGAAAUUUCUACUGUCUACAUCUAUCUCAAGAAACAUGCCAAAGUUGAGCAGCCUAAUCAUAUCAAACUGUGAAGAGCUCGUGAGCAUCAUUGAGGAUGAAGAGAAUGGGACAAGGAGAGAAUGUUUCCCAGAGCUACGUAGAAUCAAAGUGAAGCAUUGCAAGAAAUUGAAAUGCCUAUUCUCCAUCUCCAAAUGUGGCAAGCUUCCACAGCUCAUGUUCUUGAACAUAGAAGAUGCCCCUGAUCUUGGGCAAGUAUUUGGAUGGGAGCAGGGCACACCACAAGAGCCGGUCAUGAAGGAUGUGCUUCCAAAACUAUUUGCAUUAAGACUGAUAAAUCUACCAACUCUUCAUACUAUCUGCCAAGGAAUUGAUUUUCAAAGUGUGAAAGUCCGUCUUGUGCAUCAUUGUCCCAAUAUUGCUUUAACUUCAGCUAAUGCCAGCUCCCGUGAAUUAUUUGAUGUUCAUAGAACAUUACGAAAUGAUCUGACAAACUUUGUAGAUGAAGACUACUACUCCUACACAUCUGAGAUUUUGAACUGGGCUUUCAAGAGAGAAGAAGAAGAAGAAUCAAAGGAAGCUCCUGAGAGAGACAAGACAACAUCAGAACAGAGCAAUAGUUCUCUGGAAUUAGCAAAUAGUGAAGAGGCAUCCAAGGAGAUUGCUGAAAAUGACUCCACAGUACACAAACAGAACAGUAGUUUAUCAAAUUCGACUGAGAUUGAAGAAAAAGGACCGCAAGAGGCUAUUAGAAAAGACUCUACAAUGCCAAAUCAGAACAAUGGUUCACCAAAUUUGGCAAAUAGUGAAGAAAUGUCAAGGGACAUUCCUGAAAAAGACUCCGAAACAGACAAACAGACUGGUAAAUUACCAAAUUUAACGAAGAAUACAGAAGCAUCAACGAACAAUGAAAUUGUUGAACAGCUUUCUAGUUCAAAUACAACAACUCUAUCUUCUAGUUCAGAUUUGAGUGAAGAAACACCAAAGGAGAUCAUUGAAAAAGACUUCACAACACAAAAACAGAGUAGUAAGUUGCCACAUAUGAAAGAGAAUACAAAAGCAUCGACCAACGAAAUUAUUGAAGAACAACAUUAUUGUAAACAUGCAGCAGAAAAUCCAUCAUCUAAUUCAGAUAGGGAGUCAUGUGCUGAGGAAUCAAUGGAUGAUAAAGAAGCACUUGAAGAAGGUAUAAGCCCUAAUGGAGCUCCUCAAAGAGUUAUAGCAAAAGCUACCAAGGAAUGUUGUUCUAAAGAGACACCAAGGAAAGCUGCAUUCACAAUUCCUCCUCCCACUUCAAAAAUGACCUUUCCACUGAUCCCUUCAAUCUCUACUCCUGAGAAACCCCAAGUAGUAACUUCAUCAGCUACUUACAAAGAACCAAAGAGCUCACAGUCAAACCAAUCUGUAACUUCUGAAUUUCCAGAAGAUGAAAUCAUGGUCAAUGAUGAGAAGACUUUGACUGAUGAAGAAAUUAAGAUUGACCAGAAGCAGCCUCAACAAUGUGAAGAACAUGAUCUGAUGAUGCUAUUCAAAAUAAUGAAGGAAAGUGCUGAUACAGAAGUUGACAUGUCUUAUGUAUCUAAAAUCAUUGCUGAUCUCAAAGAUAAUAACGAGGCAAGUAAGGCCCUUACUGACUUGGAAGCCUCAUUGAAGAUGAGUCUUAAUGAAAUAGCUACAUCAGAAGGAAACAGACUUCGUCUUGAGAAUUCUCUCAGCAUCUUGUCCUCCCAUUGCUUUGAAGAUGGACCUCCCUCUUAUGGCCUUCAAGCUACAAUUCACUCCCUGCAGCAAGAAAUCCGAUAUGUUCUAUCUUCCUUCAACCUAGCCUAUGCCACCAUUGAAUCAUUCAAUGAGCUUGAACAAAAGGAGAAGCAUAUGAUUGAACAACGCUCACUGCGAGAGGAAGCAGCCAAAACUCUUUUAUCUGACAUUAACAAGGCCAAGAAUUCUAUUGCUGAAGCUAAGAAUUCUAUGGUUAAGGGUCAAUUGAAGGAAGCAGAGUUGAAGGAGCAGAUCUCUAAGUUGCGAGCUGAGCUGCAUGACAAAGAAAAAGAAAUUGAAGAGUGUGAGAGGAAGUUGUUAUCUCUUCAAGAGCAAGAGAAGAAGAGUGUUUAUGACACCAUAGGAUUCAUAAUGGAGUUUGAGGCACUGAAGAAAGAGAAGUCUCACAUGGUGGUGGAAGACCAAAUAAAUGCAAGGCAACAGCUGGAAGAUAUAGACACUAAGUGGUCUUCUUGUCUAUCCAAUUUGAAGAAAGCCACAAUGCUACUAGGAGUUCAUCUCAAGCAGAAGAUUUGAUUGUCGAUAAUUGUUAAAUUUCUUGAAAACUUCAUAAAGUAUUUAGAGUAGUGUAGUCAAAUUUGUUAGCUGGGCCGUAUCAUUGUAGUGAUCUUCACUAUAUGUUGGUAUACAAAGUGAGUAGUGGUUGAGUUUUUAUCCAAAAAAAAAAGGAAGGAAAAAAAAAAAGAAUAGGGUGCGUGGCUGAUAAAUGUUGAAGACUUAUUUGUAUAUAUUGAUUAGAUUACAGUGGAGUUCUUUU